GAGAAAGAGGCUUCGACAACGGAAACACAGUCAGAGCCCCAGGUUGUGAACACCAGAUCUCAAGGCUCAAAGAACAGGCGCAGGCAGGCUGAUUCCACAGAUUGGGUUUCCAGUCAGCUCACACGGCGGUUUGGAAUUGCAGGCGGAUUGGUGUGGCUUGGCAUCCUCACGUUUGGCGUUGUGUCAGAGCAGAUCAAGACGCGGUUGGAAGUCAGCGCAGAGCAGAAAGACACAAAGGAUGUCAAGGACCAGAAAGUUGUGAGCACAGCAUCAGGUCUCAAAUACACCGACAGACGGAUUGGAGGCGGAGCACCUGUCGAAAGGGGGUUUUUGAUAGUGCUUGACUACAGGGCAACAGCUGAUGGUAAGGUGUUUGAGGACACAAAGGAGCGGGGAAAGCCGAUUGUAUUCAGAUAUGGCGCACGGCCAUUCACCGGCGGCCUGUGCCAGGGCGUGGAGGAAGCACUCUCCACCAUGAGAGCAGGUGGCAUUCGCGUGGUGACGGUGCCGCCACAGCUGGGCUUUGGGGAUCAGGGCGCAGUGCUGCGGCCGACAGAGCAUGUGCCGGAGAAGCAGGGGGAGGUCCCUCCAGGGGCCACCCUGGAAUAUGAGCUCAGCCUCCUCCGUGUCUCCAUCCCUCCCAGC